UAUUAAGAUCAUAGAAGCCAAUUUGGAACCAAAUUAAUCCUAGGAAUCGGGAAACUAUAAAUAAAUAAACAAAACUAUUUUCGUUUGUUUUCUUCAAAACUUCACUCUUUUGUGAAUUCUAUUUUUUUUCUUUCAUGGCUCACUAUUCUCUUAUACCCAACUUCCUCUACUCUUCCACCUCAUCGUCGCGACGAACGAAGAUCGUGGAAGAUGUUUUCACCGAUGUAGCGGUGGAAUCUUUGAAGUUUAUGAUACCGUCUCCCAGUGAAUCUGGGAGAAGGGAGAUAAAGAUGUUUUCACCAGCUUAUUAUGUUGCUUGUGGUGUUGGUGGAAGUAUAUGUUGUGGUUUUACUCACAUGCUUGUUACACCACUUGAUGUUGUUAAAUGCAAUAUGCAGAUUGAUCCUGUGAAGUACAAGAAUAUAUCCUCUGGAUUUAGAGUUACGCUAAAGGAACAAGGAGUUAGGGGGUUAUACAAAGGAUGGGCACCUACAUUUCUUGGUUACAGUGCACAAGGUGCUUUCAAAUAUGGACUGUAUGAAGUGUUCAAGAAGUACUAUUCUGAUGUUGCUGGAGCAGAGUAUGCCACAAAGUAUAAGACAUUAAUCUACCUUGCUGGAUCAGCUUCAGCUGAAGUUAUUGCUGAUGUUGCACUUUGUCCAUUUGAAGCAAUGAAGGUUAGAGUUCAAACUCAACCUGGUUUUGCUAGAGGGAUUUCUGAUGGGUUACCUAAAUUGCUCAAAUCGGAAGGUGUCUCAGGGUUGUACAAGGGAAUGGUGCCCCUUUGGGGAAGACAAGUUCCAUAUACAAUGAUGAAGUUUGCUUCUUAUGAGAACAUUGUUGAGAUGAUAUACAAACAUGUGGUCCCCACACCAAAGAAUGAUUGCAGCAAAAGCCUACAACUUGGUGUGAGUGUUGUGGGUGGAUAUUUAGCUGGCAUAUUAUGUGCUGUUGUCUCUCAUCCUGCAGAUAAUCUCGUCUCUUUCCUCAACAGUUCCAAUGGAGCAACCGUUGCUGAUGCUGUAAAGAAGUUGGGAUUAUGGGGUAUGUGUACACGUGGUCUCCCUAUUCGUAUUCUUAUGGUGGGAACUCUAACAGGAGCUCAAUGGGGAAUUUAUGAUGCGUUCAAAGUUUCUGUGGGACUACCAACCACAGGUGGAGUUGCUCCUGCUGCUGUUCCUGCUUCUUAGCUUUCAAAAGGUUUAAAAUGUCAAAUGCACAAGUUAAGAUACAAAUGAUUACCAAAGCUAAAGAGAAUCUUUUUUUGAGUAAUUAGUAAGUUUAUUAUUUUAUAAUUAGAAUUUGUAGAGAUUUGGUAAAAGAUUGUAUGUAAUAAGAGUCUCUCUUACAAUAGUAUUAGUAUGUAAUCACAAGUUUUGAUCUAUUCAUAUGAUUAUGGAUGGAAGAGCCGUACCAAAUACCAAAAUAACAAAUGAAGAAUUUGAUUUUUUUUUUU